CUUCGCGUCAAUCCCAAAAUAUGUAUACUACAUUACUGUGCAUUAUUUUCUGUGUUGUAUCACUUCCAACGACAACAGAAGCAGAGGUAUUCCUUACCUCGAAUGCUCUAUCAAGGGGAAAUGCCAAGGGUUUGGGAAAAUUCCGCAAGCACAUCGGUACAUAUUUGAACGUGUCAGGGAAGCUUACACACUUGGUAGAAAGACAAGGCGCAUGUGUUUUGGCGUGUCUACGAAAUGAGUCUUGCUUUUCGCUGAACCUGGCGAAAACACCUGACGACAAAUCAAAGUUUUUGUGCGAGGUGCUAUCUACUGACAUCUAUAACUCGUCCUCUAAAAUACAGAAUAACACAAGCUGGACCCUUUAUAGUAUUGAUAAUCCUUGCUUUCACUACCCUUGCCGGAAUAACGGAAGGUGUCAAGCACGUUACCAUGACGACAACUACACCUGCACGUGUACAGCAGCGUACAAAGGAAGGAAUUGUGAAGAGUAUGUGCCUCCAAUGUCGUGCAAGGAUAUACUUGACAGGGGUGAGAGCAAAGGAAGUGGAGGGUACUAUAUCGACCCAGAGAGGAAGGGAGAAGGACUGUUUCCUGUUUACUGCGACAUGACUAACGAAGGAGGAGGGUGGAUGAUGACGCUGAAUCUGACAUACGAAGCUUCGCGGGCUGCCUUCACCCCCGAGGAAUCCAUUCGCUCUUUGUCGAAGUUCAGAGAUGGGUAUAUGGGUAUAACAUCCAAUGCAAUGGGACUGCUGCAGAGUUUGACCUUCUUCACACAAAUGCGAUUCUUCUGCCACAAGCAAGCAGUCGGCCGUACCCUGCACAUCCUCACCACCCCGGACAGCAAAGGAAAAGCCGUCGUGGACUACUUCUCCGCCAAAACAGACAUCCUACCUUCUGCCUGUAGCUCCUUCACCGAGGGCGCCGGGAACAACGCGUUGUUAACUGGGCGCUGCCACAGAUGGGGAAGAGACUCGAGCGGUGCCGCAUUUGUCGGUCUCUGGGGACAUGCUUCUAAACCAAACCAGGUCUGGAGGAUGUAUGGUCACACGAUGUAUGAGGCAUACAUGUACCAUUGGGUUUUGAAUAAUGGGCUGUAUAAUUGCGACGACAAAAAUGAUGCCGGAAAAGAUGGAGAUUCUUGGAUGAUAUUUAUUCGCUGAUAUUAAGUGAACGGGUAAUAACUCAUUUUGCUAUACUAUCUUAAAUGUCAACCCAAGAGAUUUUUUCCACGAUGUGUAGAUUGUUUGCAUGUGUUGCUGUUAUUAGUCUGGUUUACUUACUCAAAUGAGAGAGUAUGUUAUUGCUAGCAAGGCUGUUUCGUUGUUCUUUGUUUUAUCAUUAUUGUCAUGAUGAUGAUGAUGGUGAUGGUUAUCAUAAACCAGAAUAGCCGUCGUUUUUAUUUUUCUUCUCAAUAAAUAUUGAUUUGGCGUGUA